AUGAAUUCAACCAAACUUGCAACGUUAACUCUAUAUAAACACCUUUUCCGUGAAUGUCACAAAUUUUCACUUUAUAAUUAUCGUGAAUAUUUUGUUCGACGAGUACGCGAAGAUUUUCGUAAAAAUCGUAAUUUACAAGAUCCAACAAAGAUAGCUGAAGUGUUAAAAUAUGCACAAGAAAAUCUUGAAGUCAUACAGAGACAGGUUAUCGUUUGCAACCUUUAUACACCAAAGCAACGGUCAAUUAUUGAAAAUCAGUCAAUUUCUUCGAGAUGA